AUGGAAGCUCUCUUCACUUCAUCACACAUCUCCAAUUUACCGGCGAUAAAGCCUCUCCUCAAAUCUUCGCUACCCUCUUCAUCCCAGUCUUCGUGCUGGUUGUGUAAAACCUCACCAGCUAAACGAAUCCCGAAGCUGAGAAUCAGGAGUGGAUCAAGUCAUGGGCUUCGAAUACAAGCUCUGCAUAACGAGACACCAAGUGAAGGUGAAGAUAAUAUUGCGGAAAGUAGUGGCUUUGGCUUUUUUCCUGGCGAUAUCUUCUCUUUAUCACAGGAAAAGCUGAAUGGUGAAACAUCUCAUAGUGUAAUCGAUGUGGAGGCAUCUCUUGCACUUCCUCAAGGGGGUGGAGGAAACCGAGCUGGGCUCUUCAGGACUCCAAUAUCUGGUGGGGUUCAAAAUGCAACAUCAGCUCAUGCGUUACCGCGGCCUGCUUUAGCUGUACGGAACUUGCUGGAACAGGCCAGGUUUGCUCAUCUGUGCACAGUCAUGUCUAAAAUGCACCACCGCAGAGAAGGGUACCCAUUUGGCUCCUUGGUGGAUUUUGCACCUGAUCGGAUGGGCCAUCCGAUAUUUUUGUUUUCACCGUUGGCCAUCCACACACGAAAUCUCUUAGCUGAACCUAGAUGCAGCCUCGUUGUCCAGAUACCUGGAUGGAGUGGCUUGUCGAAUGCAAGAGUGACGUUAUUUGGUGAUGUGUACCCAUUGGCAGAAGAUGAACAGGAGUGGGCUCAUAAGCAAUAUAUUGCAAAGCACCAGCACGGGCCUUCCGAGCAGUGGGGAAACUUUCACUAUUUUAGAAUGCACAACAUAAGUGAUAUAUAUUUCAUUGGAGGCUUUGGCACAGUCGCGUGGGUUGAUGUCAAAGAGUAUGAGACUUUACAGCCGGAUAAGAUAGCUGUUGAUGGUGGUGAACAGAACCUCAAGGAGCUAAAUGCCAUCUUCUCAAAGCCGCUUAGAGAGCUACUGUCUGUUGAAACAGAGGUAGAUGACGCUGCUCUAAUCUCUAUAGAUAGCAAAGGGAUAGAUGUACGAGUUCGUCAAGGUGCUCAGUUCAACAUACAAAGGCUAGCGUUUGAGGAAGGGAAUGGUGUUGAAACGUUAGAAGAAGCUAAAUCUGCACUGUGGAAAGUGAUAGAGAAGGUGAAGCUGAACUAUCUCCAGAAAUGA